ACAAAACUCAAGUCUUUCCAGCACGCUCUGAGCUCCCAUGACUGCUCCAGGAAUGUAUAUAUCAAGAAAAACGGGUUCACCCUGCACCGCAACCCUAUUGCCCAAAGCACAGAUGGUGCCCGUGGGAAAAUCGGCUUCUCGGAGGGCAGGCAUGCCUGGGAGAUCUGGUGGGAAGGUCCUCUUGGCACGGUGGCGGUGAUCGGCAUCGCGACCAAGAGGGCUCCCAUGCAGUGCCAGGGCUAUGUGGCGCUUCUAGGCAGCGAUGAUCAGAGCUGGGGAUGGAAUCUAGUAGACAAUAACCUGCUUCACAACGGAGAGGUCAAUGGCAACUUCCCCCAGUGCAACAACGCACCAAAAUACCAGAUCGGGGAGAGAAUCCGUGUAAUCCUGGACAUGGAUGAUAAGACACUAGCCUUUGAGCGAGGUUUUGAGUUCCUUGGAGUGGCGUUCCGAGGGCUGCCCAAGACAUGCCUGUUUCCAGCUGUGUCAGCCGUCUAUGGGAACACUGAAGUGACUAUGGUGUAUCUGGGAAGACCCCUGGAUGGAUAAGUAGGAUCUUGGUGCCACUAUUAGAACCAGAGAGCAUCAUGGGAUCUGCUGCUUGACAUAGAUAAGACUCUUGGCUUUUCACAUCUGGACUAAAAAAUUAGGAAAUUGGUGGUUGGUGGCAGGCUUGUUGAUGGAUGUCCAACACACAUCUGCGGAUUUCAGUUGAACAUCUAUUUGCUUUUAAUCCUUUUUGAAGACCUGGGACAUUUUUUUAAAUCUGGUUUUAAUCUAAUUUAUGAAAUCGCACAGGGAACAGCUGUUCUAUUUUAUGAAAUGCUAAAACAUGAAGCCAAACUAGAAGAGACAAGUGGCAAAGUUUUCUAAUUCAUUACCAACAUUUUAUAACACAAUGCAUGGAAUGAGAAGCUGCUAUAUGAGUACGAGGACGGCUCAAGCUUUCACACACAAAAACAAAUUUACGUGUAGGUAAAUGACAUGAAGUAAACAUGCCAAAAUUAUGUACUGAUAUCUUACCGUUGUUUUUUUUCCAGAGCAGUUAUCUGCAUGCAGUAUACCAGUCUCUUCCGCUGUUUUUUUUAAUUAUUAUUUUUCAUGACAGGCAAAGGUAGUAUGUCGUUAUUCCGUUUGUUACUGUACAUCUUAACUGUGAUGUAGAAGUGUAUAGUAUUUAUUUAUUGAGGUCUAUCUUUGCUAUACCUGAGGUUAUGGAGACUCCAAAUAAACUCUAAAUUGUGCCAGACUGU